AUGGAGACAUUCAUCAAAGGCUACAAGAUCAACCGCCACAACCUCGCCAAGCUCGCAGACAUCCCGGUCGCCGAUCUCCGCAUCCACUCGGCCAUCGACGUCCUCGUCCGCGCGCUCAACCGCGACGGCUACUUGUUCAUAGGCGCAGCGUACGACGCCGACCCCGUGACCGGAGAACGCGUGAUGGAGAUGAUCGUGGUGCUCGAGGAGCACCCCUCUGAGGAGGCGUUGCGGAGCGAGUCGCUGAGUGCCGCCCCGCUCGACGAGACGGUCGCCAAGGGCGUGGAGAUGGGGCUGCUUGAGGGCCCAAAGAUCUGGGAGCGCUUUGGCUAG